UUUUGUCAUGUCCGAAGUCAUGUUGCAUGACGAUUCUGUCUUUUCUCGCUCAGGUGUUGCAUGGCGUUUCUCGAUAUCCCGCAGUGAUUGGCAUGUCGUCCGGAUUCAUGGUGGAUGCGCUAUGGUUUGAUCGACUUACUCCAGGCUAUGGCAUGGUAUGGCGGGAGCAUCUUGCAGGGACACUUGUUUGCGUGAGAUGCAUGGUGAUGGUGUUAAGAGCAGGAAUGGCGUGGUCUAUGGUACUAGCUUUGGUACUUUGUUCAUCUACAUUAUUCCCUUCGAGGUGUUUCGGCCGGCUUCAGAGCGGCGGACCUUCUUUGCUAACGAUCUGCCAUCCGCAACUGGACCCAGGCACGACUUGAACUAUCAACACCCGCCACGACAUAACACAACUAAAAAUAAUAAAAUAUAUGGGCAUAAUGCUCGGCUCAGUCUCUCAAAGAGAUUGGGUUUUAUGCCUAAGGCGGCUCCCUGUUUGGAUUGGACUGUGAUGGUGAGCUUCUAUCUACUACUGACGAGUUGCAGAUGCAAAGAAUGACAUGGUACCAAUCAGAUCCACAGUUGCAUGGCAUCGGUAAUGUUCUGCGAAAGCUGUGAGCACUUCCGCCUUCGUGGACAUCUCUUCCCACGUGGAACGACGUCACUGCGACUACACCGACAUGGACGAUCCCAAUCGAUGUCGCAGUGCCCCGUGCGGUGAGU